GGAGCAUGUAAAGACAAGAUUCCACUCGGUCAACGGCCCCCACUGUGAACCUUGUUGAUUACCCUACUUGGGGAGGAGCUGUUGGCGGAGAAGGAAGAGGCGAGGGUAUGGGGACUGUGGCGGCCGGGCGGUGGACGUUGGUGUUGGUGAACCUGGCGGCGAUCUUGGAGCGCGCCGAUGAGGCGCUGCUGCCGGCGGUGUACAAGGAAGUGGGGGCGGCGCUUCACGUCUCCCCCGCCGGGCUUGGCUCCCUCACCCUCUUCCGCUCCAUCGUCCAGUCCUCCUGCUACCCCCUCGCCGCCUACAUGGCCGCCCGACACAAUCGCACCCACGUCAUUGCCCUCGGCGCCUUCCUCUGGGCCACAGCCACCUUCCUUGUCGCUCUAUCCAACACCUAUCUCCAGGUAGCAAUCUCAAGAGCUUUCAAUGGCGUUGGACUAGCCUUGGUGAUACCUGCCAUCCAAUCCCUUGUUGCUGACUCUACUGAUGAUAGCAUUCGUGGUUCAGCUUUCGGAUGGUUACAACUGACUGGCAAUAUCGGUUCCAUCCUUGGUGGUUGCUUCUCUCUACUAUUAGCUUCCACUACGUUCAUGGGAAUUGCUGGUUGGAGGGUUGCUUUUCAUGUGGUUGGAAUAAUAAGUGUGGUUGUUGGACUACUCAUCCGAAUCUUUGCGGUGGAUCCUCAUUUUUCUGAUGAUGUCAAACCAGCUGAUGCGUUUCUCACACGGAAAUCUGUCAGGGAAGACGUGAAGUUUAUGCUUGACGAAGCAAAGGCUGUUAUAAAAAUCCCAUCGUUUCGGAUCAUUGUGGCUCAAGGAGUUGCUGGUUCAUUUCCAUGGUCUUCCUUAUUGUUUGCACCCAUGUGGUUAGAGCUCAUUGGUUACUCUCAUAAUCAAACUGGGGUCCUCAUGAGUAUGUUUAUCAUUGCAAGUUCACUUGGAGGACCAUUAGGAGGAAAGAUGGGGGAUUGUCUUUCUAAAUAUUUUCCCAACUCUGGAAGGAUAUUUUUUUCCCAGAUAACUUCAGGCUCUGCAAUCCCACUUGCAGCCUUGUUGAUGUUGUUCUUACCAGAUAAUCCCUCUGCAGAAUUGGGACACGCCCUUCUCAUGUUUGUCACAGGUUUAAGCAUCUCUUUGAGUGGUCCAGCUACAAACAGCCCUAUAUCUGCAGAGAUUGUCCCUGAAAAAUCAAGAACAAGCAUUUAUGCUUUGGACAGAUCUUUUGUGUCUGUGCUAUCUUCGUUUGCACCCCCUACUGUUGGCAUUUUAGCCGAGCAUGUUUAUGGAUACAAACCAAUUUUCUAUGGGCCAAGUGAAAGUGCCAGUGUUGAGAUUGACAGACAAAAUGCUUCAUCUCUGGCCAAAGCACUUUACACUGCAAUAGCAAUUCCUAUGUUACUCUGUUGUUUCAUAUAUUCCUUCUUGUACUGCACCUAUCCAAGAGACAGGGAAAGGGCUCGAAUGAAUUUAUUGAAUGCAUCAGAGAUGCCGCAGAUGGAGCUGGAUGAUGAUCAUGAAAUGUUAGUAGAAUCUUCUGGACUUCAGCUUUCUGAAAGAAGUGUGAUUGAUAUAGCAUAUGGAGGAGAAGAUUUUGAGACUGAUGACAAUGAUGGGAGGGCAUUGCUCUCACAUAAAGUGGACUGAUCAAAUGGAAGGAGCAUGUAAAUGUAGAAACCUUGUCUUUCAUAAUAUUGUACUUGUUCUAUUUCAUAAUAUUGUGUUUGGCACUCUCA